AUGCCUUACGCCGAUAACUUGUACUCUAUGGGUGAUGAAUCAGAUGGCGAGGACUACGCAGAUCAAUUAUCGCCUUCGGAUGGUUACUUCGCCUCAUCUUCCUCGUCCCAUGCUGUUCCAAACGUACCAAACGUCUUAGUUCCCGACCCCACGCUCCAGCAGACAUCUGAGUCUGGCGCUGAAUCAAAAGCAAGAGAGGCAGAAGAAGAAAGGUCAUCAUCAAAUACUCAGAGAAUAGAAGACUCUUAUCAUAAUUACAACCAUAAUAUUACAAGAACGGGCACUACCGAACAAGCUAGUCAGUCGGAGCAAUAUCCUACUAGUUCGACCGCACCACGUCAACAACAAUCCAAUUCCGCGUUUGCGCAUACGUACUCUCCCUCGUCAUCAUCAUACACCCCUCUCAGAAUAUAUCCAACACGAGGACGGACUCCUUCCGUAUAUUCGGACGCUCCACCGGCGUAUUCACCAUCGCCAAUCUCCCCUCUCUCGUCCACCAACCAACAACGCCAAUCUAGAAGCUACAACACAUUUACCCCUACCAUGGGUGUGCAGGAAAUCAUCGAGAACGAGCGGCUGCUAGCCAGAGGUCCCGAGAGCAUCGGCCAACCAAUCGACGAAGAACUUGGUAACACACCGCACUGGACUCGACGAGUCAGGAGACGGCUGCCUACGUGGCUCGGUUGGAGGACCCUAGUGCUUGGCUUGAUCGUACUGGUUGUCUCGAUCGGAUUUCUAGCAAAUUCUGUACGGAUUAUAAAAGAAGAUGAUCAUAGGAAAACUAUUGGGGCGCAGCCCGUCCAAGGAUCACCGCCCGAGUCCGUAAAGGAACCCGUGUCUGGACCCGGACCCGAUGCGCCUGGGGUCGCCGGUCCUUUCCCGCCAACAUAUUGCGAUAAUGCAGUGCAUCGCUUCGAGGAUCAGAUCUUAGGCCUCAACUUUGAUAGGAACCACAAUAUUACUUUCAUAGAGGAUCAGCACGCACACUCCGGAAAUACCCAGGUGCGCGUUGCCGGUCAAGUCAAUGUACGAAGGCUUGAUGCCGGAGGUAGCCCGCGCUUGGUACUGGAGAUCGCCACUAAUGACAAGGGUGUCCUACUCGACGUCUUCGUAGACGAAGAAGCCCAGGCCUUGAAGGUGAGCGUACCUAAGAAGUACAACUCCCUAAACCCGAACAUCUGGCCCUGCGUCGAAAUGCGAGCGACCAUCUGGGUGCCCGAAAACGCCGAGAUAGGAGUGCUGUCACUGGGCUCAAUCCAUCUUGAUAUGUUAUUUUUAGACGAUCUAUCUCUCCACGUGGCGGGUUACACUAGGGCUUCUUCGAUCGUAGGGGAUAUCACAUCCGGUUCGGACCACCCUACCUCGUACAACAACACUGGCUUUAUGCUAUCGGCUCCGGAGUACACUUUCAUCCCUGCUAAAGAUUCGUACGUGCUUGACUCUCGUAUUAUCGAGAUCACGACCACGUCGGGUAAGAUCGAAGGCAACUGGCCUCUUUACGAUAUGCUAGGGUUGCACACGACCUCCGGCCACAUCACAGUGUCGAUCACGCCCAAGGAAGAACUCGAAACGGACCCGAAGGCUGCUGUCCUAUCCUUGAGCUCGAUAUCCGGCACUGUCUAUGCCACAGAGCCGGUGCAUUUGAGAGAGCAAAUCCCGCUUCGCGACUAUCUUGUAGAUAUCAAGUCGACUUCCGGAGGUAUCCAUGGUGCCUUCGCAUUUGGCGCUGGCAUCGAACUCAAGAGUACUGCUAGCGACAUUGCUCUUGAUUUACUUCCUGUGAUGAACGAAGACAGGGUAUCACCGGAUCAACCCGCUCAGCUGGAGACAGCAACGACGAGUGGCACUACAGCCAUACGCGUGCUUGAGCCGGUUUGGUACGGAGACAGGGGAUUGGUUAGCGGCAGGCCGCUUGACUGCCUACAAGCGCUUCACAAGUCCACUAGCGGUGACAUUGGACUACGAUAUCCGCAGGCAUGGGAGGGAUACUUAAGCGCCGAGACAACGAGUGGCAGGCUAAAGGUCAAAGGAAGGGAUGUCAAGAUCAUUAGGUCUAUUGGAGGUUGGCCGGGAUCCAAGCUGGAAGCCCAGAAGGGCGCAGGUGGUCCCGGUUCGACGGUCCAGGUCCACGCCCUUAUGGGUAAUAUGGACACUGUCAUUGGCAGGGAAUAA